AUGACAUCUAGUACUAUUACAAUCAUUGGGUCAUUAAAUUACGAUUUGGUCACUUACACCAAAGCAGUUCCGGAAGGUGGUGAAACUUACCAAGCAAACUCUUUCGAAAAUCAUCUUGGUGGUAAAGGUCUUAAUGAAGCUAUUGCAACUUCCAGACUAUCAGGAAAACAAUCCAAUUGCCAAAUUCGUAUGGUUGGUAAUGUGGGUAACGACUCUUUUGGUAAAGAAUUAAAACAGGCAUUAGUUGAUUCUGGGGUUGAUACGGAAUAUGUUAAAACUUUAGAACAUCAAUCUUCUGGGGUAGCGGUGAUUAUUGUCGAAGAAGACAGCGGCGAGAAUAGAAUCUUAAUUACUGCUGGUGCCAAUGGAGAAUUAUGUCCAACUAACGAGGAAUAUGAAACAUAUUUUCCAAAAGAUGUCGAGGGAACUCAAUUCGUUAUCUUACAGAAUGAAUACCCUGAUACCGUGAAAUCUAUUGAUUGGCUUAAGGCGAACCGUCCAAAAAUUAAUAUUGCUUACAAUCCUUCUCCUUUUAAGCCUGAAUUUAUCAAUCAGGACUUUUGGUCUAAAAUUGACUUCUUAAUUAUGAAUGAAGGAGAAGCUUUGAGUGUUGCAUCCAAAUUACUAACGCAAGAUCAAAAUGCUGAGUUCAACAAAACUAUCAAGCAAGACAAGGUAAAAGGUUUUAGCGACUUGGCAAAUAAGUUACAGGAAUUAGUCAACCCAGAAAACGUAAGUACGGUUAUAAUAACUAUGGGAAGUAAGGGGUCAAUGUUCACUUCUAGAAAUACUAAACCCACAUUCGUCAAAUCUGAAAAAGUUGCCAACGUUGUCGAUACUACUGGUGCAGGCGAUACAUUUUUUGGUGGAGUUGUUCUGCAAUUAGCUAAUGGGUCGAGUCUUGAAAAGGCUGUUGAAUUUGCAACUAAAGCAAGUAGCUUAGUUAUUCAAAAGAAGGGAGCUGCAGAAAGUAUUCCAACUUUAGAGGAAAUCACUAAAUACAUAUGA